UGCUAUGUCCCCGAUCUGAGGGAACCGGCGCACCUACCGCUCCUCCUCUUCCGCCGCCACCCGCCUGUUGCUGAGUUACCUUCUCCUACCCGCACGCCAUGGACCCCAAGACACAUCAGCUCCUGCUCCGAGACGAGCAGGGAUUGAAGCUCAAGGCAGGUCCCUCCACCGCAAGCUACCAGUACGACUACAAUGCCGCACAGUCCUUUGCCCUGUGUCACGCGAAGAUUGACGUCGAGUACUCUCCCGAUGGGUCACUCGUCGCUGCGAUCGAUUCUGACAAUGCCGUGGUGGUGGUGUACGACACGAUCAGCGGAAAGGAGCAGUGCAGGAUCAAGUCGAGUGCUGCUGUUGCCUCAUUCUCUCCCUUGGGCAGUUUCCUGCUGACGUGGGAGAGGCUAACUGAUGACCUGCAGAAGAGUGGGGGGAACCUCCGUGUGUGGGACAGCAAGAGUGGCGCUGAGCUCUCAGCAUUCAGCCAGAAGAAUUUCAGCAAGGAGAGUUGGCCUUACCUCAAGUGGACGUCGGACGAGUUGAUUGCCUGCAUGCAGAUCACCAAUGGAGUGCACCUUUACAACGGCAAGGACAUCAAGAAGGGCGUGCUUGCUAAGAUCGAGCAAGAGAAGCUGAGCGCCUUCAGCGUUGCACCCGGCCCUCUGCCUUACAAGAUCGCCACGUUCGUUCCGGAAGUCAAGGACCAGCCUGCAACCAUGAAGCUUUUCUCCUAUCCCAAUGUGACCGAGCCCGUGGCCACCAAGAAGAUGUUUCGAGCAAACGAUGCUUCCUUCCUGUGGAGCCCAACAGGGACAGCCGUUGUGAUCCGCACGAGCACGGAUGUCGACUCCACCGGGAAGAGCUACUACGGGGAGUCCAAGCUUACCUUCUUCUCGGCUGACGGGAGAACGGAGGGCAAUGUGGCUCUGUCCAAGGAGGGGCCCAUCCAUGAUGUAGCCUGGAGCCCGUCAGGAAAGGAAUUCGUCGUAGUCUACGGAUUCAUGCCAGCCAAGGCCACUCUCUUCGAUGAGAAGUGCAAGGCCAUUUUCGACUUUGGCACCGGCUCGAGGAACACGAUAUCCUGGGCACCUCACGGUAGAUUCUUGCUCCUUGGAGGAUUUGGAAACAUCUCUGGAAAUCUGGAGUUUUGGGACAACAACAGGAAGAAGUUGAUAGCGAAUGUGAAGGCACCUGGCACGACCAACUGGUCCUGGUCUCCCUGUUCGCGGUAUUUCCUCACAGCAACGCUGUUCCCAAGACUGAGGGUGGACAACGGCUUCACGAUCUUCAAGUAUGACGGCACUAGCGUUCACCAGGAGAAGCUUCCUCAUCAACUCUACCAGAUCUCCUGGAGACCCAGCAAGGCUGGAACGUUCCCUGAUCGACCUGCAAGCCCGGGGGCUGGGGGCAAGUCUGCAACCUCGACCUCGAGCAACGAGCCUGCGGCACCCAAGGCUUACGUCCCUCCCCAUCUGCGAGGGAAGGACAACGCAGGGAAUGCCAGGCCGACGUUCUCCCUGCAUGACUACGAGCAAGCGUCCAAGGUCGGCGGCAACACCUCAGCGCUGGGUCGGCAGCUUCCUCCUGGCGCCUAUGAGGACGAGCAUCAGAUCAGCAAGUCUGCCAUGAAGAAGAAGAAGGCCAAGGAGAAGGCUCAGCGAGAACAGGAGGCAGCACAAGCUCUUGCUGAGACGCAGAAGGCGCUUGCUGCUGCAGGGAUCGACAGUGUGCCAAACCAGAACGCUAAGCAAGAUGAUGGACCGAAGAGUUACACCAAUGAGGAAGAGAUCAACAAGAGAAUCAAAGCUGUGAAUAAGAAGAUCAAGCAGGCUGAGGCAUUGAGGGAAGACGAGAAGUCAGGGAAGGAGUUGAAUGCCGAUCAGAAGAAGAAGAUUGAAAGUAUAUCCGAGAUGCAGAAGGAGAUCGAGGAGCUCAACAAGGCAUUGCAGAAUGUACAAGGUUGAGUAUGAUGUGAUCAUUACAACGCCCGCUUCUGUAACCUCAACACAAAUAAACGAACAAAAUGCUC